AUGGAAUCGACGAUAAGAGGCGGAGACAAACGAGUGUGGCAGACGACUAAUCAGCAGUUCGUAUCGCCACACAUUACGCGAUCGACGACGGCGGCGGCAGCGGCGGCGGCAACAACAUCGGCGAGACGAAAACGAACGUCGUCGAGAAGCUCGCUGAUGGGAACCCUACGCGGACGGCUCCGAAAAGCGCGCAAGCAGAUCACGUGGUGCGCGUUUCCGCUGAAUCGACGCCAACGCGCCCAUAGUUUGGAUAGUAUUCCCGAAAGCGACGAUGUCUAUUCAUCGGCUAUUGAUAUUCCAUAUUCGUCGAGCUAUGGCUAUUUGCAGAAAAAUCCGAGCGAGGUUGGCCAAACCUGUCGUGGCAGUGUCAAUUUACAAGAAGCGAGGAUAUUGUCGGACAAGACUACCAACAGUAUUGUUAUCUCGGCGGCAUCGCAGACAUUUCACGUUCGCGCCUUGAACGAUGCCGAUCGCCAAAAAUGGGUCUCGACACUCGAAUAUGCGAGACAUAAAGCGAUCAGAAGAGCUGAGAGUGAAGAAGACGAAGAAGCUCAAAUAUGUGCUGCGGACGUUUCGCGGGUCGACGAGAUUGCGAUUUCGGCGAAAAAAGUUGAGAGCAAGCUGAACGAUUUGAAGCGGGCCGCACGAAUGCUAUAUGAGCAGGGAGACGAAUUGCUCAAAGCGGUCACGGCUGAAGGGCACUUGGAUCGCGAGUUGCUUGAGAAGCGCGCGGAUUUGAUUAAAAUCACAAGCUCGGCGAUUCUACAAGCGGCUGAGGAAUUUGUCGAACUCUCCGAAAAUGGGACCAAGCGGAUUAGCAAGAUUGCUGAAGUUGAGCAUAAGGAGAAGCUGAGGUUACAGGAGCAACUUGAAACACUUGCAAAACAACAUUCGUCGUUGGAGCGAGCCGCGACUUAUCGAGGAGCCGGCGAGCCCGCAACACCAUUAUCUGCGUAUAGCGAUCAGGAAGACGAAUUUCACGAUGCCGCUGAAGAAUUAUUUGAAUGCAAUACUAAUGUGUCGAGCUCAAUGACGACGUCAACUGAACCUCGACCGAAUGGCGGCGGAAAUGCUUCGUCGUCGUCGUCGUCGUCGUCAUCGGCGACGAGCUCAUCGGCGACGGCUCUUGAGAAGGUCUCGAAGGGAAGGGUGCGAAGAAGCGCGGUGCCCGAACGACCGAAUCUGCCGAUCAAUUUGUGGUCCAUAAUGAAGAAUUGCAUUGGAAAGGAAUUGUCGAAGAUCCCGAUGCCUGUCAAUUUCUCGGAGCCGCUUUCUGUCCUUCAGCGAAUCACUGAGGAUUUGGAGUACGCGCACCUUCUUGAGAAGGCUGCCACCCUGCCCUCAUUGGAGCAGAUGUGCUAUGUUGCGGCGUAUGCGGCUAGUAAUUACUCGACAACGUGCCAUCGCGUCAACAAGCCGUUCAAUCCGCUUCUCGGCGAGACGUAUGAAUGCGAUCGAACCGAGGAUUUGGGAUGGAAGAGCGUUGCCGAGCAGGUUUCGCAUCAUCCGCCGGCGGCGGCGCAUCACGCCGAUGGCAAAGGUUGGGUGAUGUAUCAGGAUUUCACGAUGACGUCGCGAUUCCGCGGCAAAUACUUGUCGGUGAUACCGGUGGGAUACACGCAUGUUCACUUUCCGGGAACACCGAAUCACUAUUCAUAUCAGAAGAUUACCACGACUGUUCACAAUAUUAUUGUGGGAACAUUGUGGAUUGAUAAUCAUGGCGAUAUGGUGAUCACGAAUCAUGGGACCAAGGAGAAAUGCGUUCUUCGAUUCAUUCCCCACUCGUAUUUUAGUCGGGAAACGCCGCGAAAAGUUUACGGAAUUGUGCAGAAUGCUCAAGGUGUGCCGGUUUUCGUUGUUCAAGGCACGUGGGACAAGUAUAUUGAUAUGUACAGGGUUGCGAAUUGGAAUGGCAACACGGAGAAGCCGAAAGUUGAUGUUGAUGAAGCUUCUGUGAAGCGGAUUUGGACUGUCACCCCGCUGCCGAAAGGAGCGGAGAAAAUGCACAAUUUUACAAAGCUCGCGAUUGAGUUGAAUGAGAUGGAAGAUGGAAUCGCACCGACGGAUUCGAGAUUCCGACCCGAUCAGCGAUUGAUGGAGAUUGGCGACUGGGAUGCCGCAAAUCAGAAGAAGAUUGAGAUUGAAGAUAAGCAGAGAGCUGUGAGAAGGAGAAGAGAGGCCGAGAUGGAAGCGGCGAUGAGGAGAGGCGAACAUUAUGAAGAAUACCAGCCGAAAUGGUUCGUCAAGGUGCAGGAUGAGACGAAUGGCGCAUUGAUUCAUCAUUAUAAAGGCGGCUACUGGGAGGCGAAGAAGAAGCAGGAUUGGACCGGUUGCCCUGACAUUUUCUAG